AUGCGGCUCGCCGCGCUGCUACAUGUGCUCCUGCCGGCGCGCGUCAUCGCCUUUGCCACCCUGCGGCCGGCUCACGCGCCGUCGCCCGCCUGCCGCCCACGGCCACGCUCGCUGCCGCUCUGCUGGACGGGUGAGACGUCGGCGACGAUCGAGAUUGCGGGUGUGCCGGUCUCGCGGCUGUACGAGUCCUAUGCCGACCUGCGCCGGAUGACGGAGUGGUCGCCGCUCUUGGACAGCGUCUCGGUCGACCCGGACCGGCCGUCACGCUCGGUGUGGGUGAUGACGGUGCCUCGGGCGCUCAAGGGCGAGGGAAAGCAGACGCGCAGCGCGUUGAGCGGCCGUUGACCGUUGUCCAUGCGCGGGGCGUCGCGCGGCCGCCCGGCCGCGGGGCCCGCUGGCCUGCCCGUGGUGCCGAAACACAACACGCAGGGAAUACGCCGAGCCGCUCCACUAGACUCGCUCAUAAACCGUUUUUGC